AUGGCAGAGACGUUCCCUACUUUAUCGCAGUGCGCGAUCGUUGCGACUGCACUCAAAAUCUUGCUUUGGCCGGCAUAGUGUGUCUUUCCCAUCGCGAGAGAUCAUCGACCAUUGCUGACUGAGACUGUCUAGCAAGUCGACCGACUUCGAAGUCCACCGCAAUUGGCUGGCCAUUACCAAUUCUCUUCCCUUGAAGGCGUGGUACAUGGAGAAUACGUCAGAAUGGACGCUCGACUACCCUCCCUUCUUCGCAUACUUCGAAUGGGCCAUGUCACAGGUCGCCAAGAACGUCCAUCCUGCAAUGCUACAAGUUCAGAAUCUCAACUACGAUAGUUGGCAGACGGUGCACUUCCAGAGAGCGACUGUAAUUGUGACUGAGCUUGUGUUGGUCUACGCCCUCAGCCUGUAAGUUUGAAAUACCUGAAUGAAAGCCGCAGGCACUGAGAUCGAUAGAUUCAUCACCUCUUCGCCACAGUCCUCCAAGAAACAGAGCCACGCCGCCGCUCUCUCGAUAUUACUCUCUCCAGGCUUGCUCAUCAUCGACCAUAUCCACUUUCAGUACAAUGGCUUUCUUUACGGCGUGCUCACUCUCUCCAUCGUCCUGGCUCGGUAUCAAAAGGAAGGCCUACUGGCAAGUGGUCUUGUCUUUGCUGCUUUACUCUGCUUGAAGCACAUCUACUUGUACCUGGCACCCGCCUAUUUCGUAUACCUACUCCGGUCAUACUGCCUUGGACCACGAUCGAUCUUCCAUAUCAAGUUCUUCAAUUGCAUUAAACUCGGACUUGGCAUUGUCGCGAUCUUUGGACUCGCCUUUGGCCCUUUCGUGCAUCUCGAACAGAUCCCACAGGUAUUCAGCCGACUCUUCCCAUUUUCGAGAGGACUUUGCCACGCUUACUGGGCUCCAAAUGUAUGGGCAAUGUACUCCUUUAGUGAUCGAGUGCUCAUAUAUCGUAAGCCUUCCACUCAACAUCAAUGCUUGGGGCUGACUCUGUGCAGUUGCGCCGUACUUGAAGCUGCCGAUUGACCAAGCAGCUGUAAACAGCGUCACUCGAGGACUGGUCGGCGACUCCUCAUUUGCGGUUCUACCUAACAUUCCACCACGUAUGACCUUCGUGUUGACUCUCGCGGCGCAGAUUGUAAGUCUUUCGAAAACUUGAGCUAAAUCAUAGCUAACAACGUGAAGCCCGCGUUGAUCAAACUCUUCUUCUACGCAACAUGGGACAACUUCGUCGCGACCAUCACUCUCUGCGGCUAUGCAUCAUUCCUUUUCGGCUGGCAUGUCCACGAGAAAGCGAUACUGCUUGUCAUCAUCCCUUUCAGCCUGUUGGCACUCAAAGAUCGUCGAUAUCUGGGGGCCUUCCGACCGCUAGCAGUUGCUGGUCACGUGAGCCUGUUCCCACUGCUCUUCACGGCAAUGGAGUUUCCAGUCAAGGUUGUAUACACCAUUCUGUGGCUCAUUGUGUUUUUACUCACGUUCGAUCAACUGGCGCCAGCGUAAGCUCUACCAAAUUCCAGUGUCGAGGCCACGCUAAUGAAAUUAUAGAUCGACAAAGCCCAGGGUGUUUGUCCUGGAUCGGUUCACCUUGCUCUACAUCGCAGUGGCAAUACCGCUCAUCGCGUACAGCGCUCUCAUACACCAGCUCAUCUUCGGCGCCAAGCUAGAGUUCCUGCCUCUGAUGUUUAUCAGCUCAUACUCGGCAGUUGGGGUGGUCGGGAGCUGGAUUGGUUUCCUUGUAGUGUUCUUCACUUCGUAG